UGCUUCUUUAAAGCAAGGAGCCGUGAACUGCCAGGCCACGGAAUCCCGGAGCAGAUGGACCGUGACGGAACCUAAAAACACGGACCAGAACCCGCACCACAACCUGGAUUAAAUACCGGGACUUAACUGGGGGGUUAAAAAAGAUUAAAACUGGAUAAUAACCUCGUGUAUAGGAGCUUUUGAUCGGAGUGAAGGCGCUCAAGUAGCCGGGCCUUUUUUCUCCAAAAUGGCCGACACCGAGGUCUCCAUAUCCCCGGCGAUCUGCCCGCUCCACAUUAGCCCGGCCCACUCUGCCCAGCCACCGCCGCCAACCUCCUCCUCCUCUCCCACCACUUUCUCCUGUCCUUCUUCACCCUCCAGUGCCUCUUCCUCCUCCUCCUCCUCUUCUUCAUCCUCCUCCUGCUCUGAAAGCUCCUCAGACUGCCCCAACCACCAUCACCACCACCACCACCAUCAUCAUCCUCGCCCUCAGCUCCAGCUGCCGCCGCCACCGCCGCCCCUCAGCGAGCAGCCAUCGUCGCCCAGCGCCAGCCCGCGCAGCUCCAGCCCCAGCGGCAGCAUCGGCAGCACCGGCAGCCUGGGCAGCAGCAGCGAAGGCAUCGGCAGCAGCGGCGUGUCGAGCGGCGGCGACCAGCGGGGCCCCAGCCCGCUGCUGGACGUCAUCUCUGAGGACGCCAUGGAGAUGGACCUGGUCGUCGAUCAAGUGAUUGACCCAGAGGUGGCUCUCAAGGCUUGUCAGGAAGUUCUUCUUAAAGUGAAGCUGCUCGACAACAAACAGCAGCAAGACGACCAGAAGCAGCACCAUCAGCAUGCGGAGGCGACCGACUGCGGCGGCCCGCCGUGGCACAUGAACCCCGACACCAGCUUCAUCAAGGAGGAAGAGGAGGAGAACGACGACGAAGGACAGAGAGAGACUCCUGCUGUCCAGAAGCAGUCGCCUCCUGCAGCGCCGUCCGAGUCGCCUUCGCCGUCUUCUUCCAAGCAGUCGUGGCUGCUGCGGCUGUUCGAGUCGAAGCUGUUCGACGUUUCCAUGGCGAUCUCUUACCUGUACAAGUCGAAGGAGCCGGGCGUUCAGGCGUACAUCGGGAACCGGCUCUUCAGCUUCCCGGACGGCGAGGUGGACUUCUACCUGCCGCAGCUCCUCAACAUGUACGUCCACAUGGACACGGAGGUGGGCGACGCCAUCAAACCUUACCUGAUCCACCGCUGCAGGUCCAGCAUCACCUUCUCCCUGCUGUCCGCCUGGCUGCUUGGCGCCUACUCCUCCGACAUGCACAUCUCCACUCAGCGCCACUCCAGAGGCACCAAGCUCAGAAAGCUCAUCCUGUCUGAUGACCUCAAGCCGCGGUCGGACGAGCCCCGGUCCGUUUCAGGGUCCGUCUCCGACAGCCCGCUGCCCUCGCCGCCCCACCGUCACCGCCGCCACAACAGCAGCAACGUGGACGCCUGCGGCGCCCCGGAUGGCGUCGACCAGGGGGACGUGUUCGUCUCUCCGUCCCGGAGGACCCACCAGAGAUCCAAGUCCGACGCCACCAUGGCGAGCGGCUUCCCCGGCGCCGGCCUCAGGCGGACGGGCAGCAACCCGAAGGUGGAGGCGGUCCAUGAAGAGCCGGAGCGUCUCCGUCCUCAGAGGGAGUUCGUCAAGUCUCUGUUCUGCAUCGGGAAGCGUUUGGCCACGCUGCCCACCAAAGAGCAGAAGACGCAGCGGCUGAUCUCAGAGCUGUCGAUGCUCAACCACAAGCUGCCGGCCCGGGUUUGGUUGCCGACCGCCGAGCACCAGCACCACGUCUGCCGGGUCCCCCACACCCAGGCCGUCGUCCUCAACUCCAAGGACAAGGCUCCGUACAUCAUCUACGUGGAGGUUCUGGAGUGCAACAGCUUCGAGACGUCUCCGGUUCCCACGCGGAUCCCGGAGACCCGGAUCCGCUCGGCGCGCUCUGCGGAGAAUCUGGACUGCGGCACGCCCGGUACUGGCAGCGGCAUGACCUCGGAGCACAGAGCAGGAAGUUUCUCCACCGUGCCGAACUACGACAACGACGACGACGCCUGGGCGACCGACGACAUCGGACAGCUGCAGGUGGAGGGAGAGGCUCAGACCAGCAGCAGCGACAACAUCAGCCAGUUUUCCGUCGACAGCAUCACGAGCCUGGAGAGCAAAGAGCCCGUGUUCAUCGCUGCUGGAGACAUCAGACGCCGCCUGUCGGAGAACCUCGCUCAGACCCCGACCACGUUCAGGAGAGACCCAGAGGACCCGUCUGCCGUCGCCCUCAAGGAACCCUGGGAGGAGAAAGUCAGGCGGAUCAGAGAAGGCUCUCCUUACGGCCACUUGCCCAACUGGAGGCUGCUGUCGGUCAUCGUGAAAUGUGGAGACGACCUGCGGCAGGAGCUGCUGGCCUACCAGUUCCUCAAGCAGCUGCAGUCCAUCUGGCAGCAGGAGCGAGUUCCUCUGUGGAUCAAACCCUAUAAGAUCCUGGUGAUGUCAUCAGACAGCGGGAUGAUCGAGCCCGUCCUCAACGCCGUCUCCCUGCACCAGGUGAGAAAGCAGAGUCAGCUGUCGCUGCUGGACUACUUCCUGCAGGAACACGGCAGCUUCACCACCGAGGCGUUCCUCACGGCUCAGAGGAACUUCGUCCAGAGCUGCGCCGGAUACAGCCUCAUCUGUUACCUGCUGCAGGUCAAGGACAGACACAACGGGAACAUCCUGCUGGACUCUGAAGGCCACAUCAUCCACAUCGACUUCGGCUUCAUCCUCUCCAGCUCUCCCCGGAACCUCGGCUUCGAGACGUCCGCCUUCAAACUCACGUCAGAGUUCGUAGACGUGAUGGGUGGCCUCGAUGGAGACAUGUUUAUUUACUACAAGAUGCUGAUGCUGCAGGGUCUGAUUGCAGCCAGAAAGCACAUGGAGAAGGUGCUGCAGAUCGUCGAAAUCAUGCAGCAAGGCUCCCACCUGCCCUGCUUCCAUGGCUCCAGCACCAUCCGGGGCCUGAAGGAGCGUUUCCACAUGUCCCUGACGGAGGAGCAGCUCCAGCUGCUGGUGGAGCAGCUGGUGGACGGAUCCAUGCGCUCCAUCACCACAAAACUCUACGACUCCUUCCAGUAUGUCACCAACGGCAUCAUGUGACCUGUGACCCCGGUGGAAAACACAAACAAAUAAACAAACAACAAAAACCCACCCGCUGCUGCCACUUCCUGUUUGGGAUUCAGGAGUUACCGUGGCAACGACUGGAUUUACUGGAUUUUGUGAUUCUUCUGGAAUCGGAUGGAUCUGAUCUGGUUUUUGUUCGGAUCUUGGAAAAAUGCAGAAUCUCGAUCGUUUUCAGAUCACAAACACUAAAC